UUCCCCAGUAAUGCCUGCUUUCCCAUGCUAGGUACGGCCUACAAACUGGUGUGUUACUUCACCAGCUGGUCCCGGCAACGCCCAAGCCCGGCCUCCUUCUUCCCCAAUGAUGUGGACCCCCAUCUCUGUACCCAUGUGGUGUACGCCUUUGCCUCAAUGAAGAACAAUAAGAUUGUCCCCAAAGAGAAUGAUGAUGAAAGGGAGAUCUACCCACAGCUCAUGAAGCUCAAAGAAAGAAACCAGGACCUGCGCAUACUGCUGUCCAUUGGAGGCUGGUACUUUGGCACAAGCAGAUUCACCGCCAUGAUGUCCACGUUCCAGAACCGGCAGGUCUUCAUCGCCUCCGUGCUGUUCUUGCUGCGCGCGCACGGCUUCGACGGCCUGGACCUCUUCUUCUUGUACCCAGCGUCCAGGGGCAGCCCCAGCCAGGACCGGGUCCGAUUCUCCCAGCUGAUUCAAGAACUCAUUGUCACCUUCUAUGAGGAGGCUCACACCACGGGGCGGAGGAGGCUGCUGCUCACCGCCGCCGUGUCUGGGAACCGGGACAUCAUCAAAGGGGCCUACGAAGUGUCCAACAUUGCCAGACUUCUGGACUAUAUCAGUGUCUUGACUUACGAUUUCCAUGGAAGUUGGAAUUCUGUCACUGGGCACAACAGCCCCCUCUAUGGAAUGAAUUGGGGAAGCAAUAAAAUAGACUAUUUAAAUUGUGAAUAUGCCAUGAAGCUAUGGGAAAAGAAGGGAGCCCCUCCAAAGAAGCUCAUCAUGGGAUUUCCUACCUAUGGACGUACCUUUGACACCCUGAUCUCCAGCAGGGAGCCAGGGGCUCCUGCUUUUGGGCCAGCACCUGCUGGGAAUUACACCAAGGAAGCUGGUGUAUGGGCUUAUUAUGAGAUCUGUCCGUUCCUUGAGAAGGCCAUGAAGAAAUGGAUUAAUGCACAAAGAGUCCCCUAUGCCUAUAUGAACAAUUAUUGGGUUGGCUAUGAUAAUGUGCGCAGCUUUGCUUACAAAACAGCGUUCAUAAAGGUGAAAAACUAUGGGGGAGCCAUGGUGUGGACCCUGGAUUUGGAUGACUUCAAGGGCAUCUUUUGUGAGCAGGGCCCCUAUCCCCUUGUGAAAACCAUAAAACAAAUCCUGUUUUUCCAGAUGCUCGACUCGACGCUUCCCCCACAAGUCUCUCCUUUCACCCGUGGCGGGGAGAUAGCAAUGGCGACGUCUCCCACCAUUUUCUUCCGCGCUGCAACGGGGAGCCCGACCUCUGCCUCUGCCCCCCCCGCUGGGCCCGGCGCGCUGACGGCCGGCUCCCAAAGCGCGGCCCCCGCCGCCGCCGCCGCCGGGAGCACGGCGGCGCUGGCCCCCGGGAGCACGGCGGCGCUGGCCCGCGGGAGCACGGCGGCGCUGGCCCCCGGGAGCACGGCGGCGCUGGCCCCCGGGAGACGGGGGCGCUGGCCCGGGAGCACGGCGGCGCUGGCCUCCGGGAGCACGGGGGCGCUGGCCUCGGGAGCACGGCGGCGCUGGCUUCGGGAGCACGGCGGCGCUGGCCUCGGGAGCACGGGCGGCGCUGGCCUCGGAGCACGGGGCGCUGGCCUCGGAGCACGGGCGGCGCUGGCUCCCGGGAGCACGGGCGGCGCUGGCUCGCUGGGAGCACGGUGGCGGCGCUGGCCCUCGAGCACGGCGGGCGCUGGCCUCGGGAGCACGGGCGGCGCUGGCCUCGGGAGCACGGCGGCGCUGGGCCUGAGCACGGGCGGCUGGCCCGGAGACGCGGCGCCGCCGCUGGCAGUCGCCUCGCCGCCCGUGCGCGAUAUUCCCCAGGGCGGCCCCUCAAGUGGGCUUCCUGGGCCUUCUGCUGGCCUAACGUCCUGGGCGCCGGGACCCCAGGCCGCAAGCUACAAUGCUACUCUGUAG